AUGAUCCUGACGUACUACCCGACCUCCGACCUCGAGGCAGAAUUCAGCUACAUUGGCCACCACCGCUGCCGCGGAAUCUUCCACCCUGCCAUCUAUGAAGGUGGGGAGCCUACCCCAGCGGCAGAACGUUUCCAUGAGAUGUCGAAAGGCUGCAAACUCCCACUCUGGGUCCUGCACCCUGGCAUCUACACAACUUGCGGGCGACUGAGUGGCUGGCGGGUUGGAUUCUCGCAGGUUAUCGUCCCAUACAUCCUUGGCCUCAUCCAGCGCAAGCGGCAAAUGCACACACGCCUUCGUCUACCCGACGAUACCAUUACUUUCCCGUACUAUACCGGAGACGGUGAUUGCAACAAGAUCAAGACCGAAGCCGCAAAGCUGUUUUGA